CGAUCAGGAAUGACAUUAAGAAAUGUAUGAAAACUUGCUAGUUGUUGGCGAAAAUAGCUUGUAUUUUGUAUAUCUUCCGAUGUAGCAAAAUGAGUAAAAACUCCUGUACAAUUCAGAUUCGGAUUGAGAAAAACCAUUUUCAUUACUGCUUCUACUUCAUCAAUCGUUGUAAGGCCAAGUCAAUUAAGACCUGUAUCUAUUUUGAGAUGGAAAUCGCCCUAGUGAAACUACUCAUCAAGCGAGUACGACUUCCCAGCAUGAGUACUCAGAUUACUCAAAUGAGUACUCAUAAAAAUUCACGAGUAUUCUUACUGAUUGAGUACUCAUAGUCGUACUGAUUCAGUUGUUGCUGGUUUAACUUUACUCGCAAGUAGUGGUAUGAGUACUCACUCGAGUACUCAUAUAUUUUUUUUUGCAAAAUAACUCAAUAAAACAGUUAUGCAUUUUCAGAUAUGAAAUAUAAAAAAAUGAAAUAAUAUGAAAGUAAAAUUUGCACAAUAUAAUUAGAUAUGAAAAUGUAUUUUAUCUGUUUCUUUUUGUUCAAUAUUAUCAAACAACAAAACGAUCAUAUUGUUUCCAGGAGAGAAAAGAAAACAUACAAUUGGAUGUUAAUUUUCAUGUUUCUUUUUUUCUUCAAAUAAACGUUUAUAUUCUAUAGAAGAAAUUGAAGUUGUUUUCCAUGUGCUUAGAUAUUUUUUCGAAAAAACCGUUUUGUUCAAUAAGAUUAUUCGUCACUAUUCGGUAAUGAAGAAAAACAAAAAAAGCAACGUGACUUGUUUAUGUAUAUUGAAGAUAUCCAAUAGCAAUAUAUGUUGAGAUAGACAAGUCUUAUAUCGACAUAACGUCAUUCUUUUUUUUCUAUUAUCAUUCUCGUCAGUAUCGUUUGCCUAUAAUCACGUAUUUAUUGCUUUCUUCUAAUCUUUGAUUUAUUCUUAGAUGUUUAAUAAACAAUUUUAGAAUUUCGAUUAUAAGUUUCGAUUAAAUGCACCUAUUAUACGAAAAAUUCAAUAGAUAUAUCCAUCUUAUAUAAAAUUUAUUUUUUCUUUUAACUAGACAUUAGCAAAUCAAAAAAAUCAAGCUGAAUUUAGUAAUGAAACUUAUACAAAAAUCGAAGAAAUUAUUGGUAUGAAUCCUAAUGAAAUUAAAUCUACAUUUAUACGUCCAACAAUGGUAAUGAGAGAAUCAAUGAAAAAAGAUGGUCAUAUUGGUGAUUAG